AUGUAUGAAAUGGGAGGUUUUCAAGUCAAUGGAUUCUAUCCAACAACAUCAUCUGGUUCAUCAAAUACAUCUUCACCCGAUUCAUUAAAACAUCAACGCUUACUAGUGACUACAACGCCGUCACCACCUAAUGUACCUCAUCCAUAUUUUCAUCAACAACAACAACAACAGUAUCUUUUUGAUCAUCAUCGUUUUCAUUUUAAUCAUAAUAAUAAUAAUAAUAAUAGUAACUCGAAUGGUAGUAGUGAAAUACAUUCAUCAUCAUCAUCAACAACUUCCAGUCAUGAUCAAUUAUAUCCAUGGUUUGCUGCUCAGUCAUCUGCGCAGCAGCUACAGAGUCCUGCAACAGUGAGAAUGAUCUCAGAGAACGGACCAGCUUUUCCAUUGCCUUUACAUUUACCACCUGGACAUAUGGUUCAACAAGUACUAGACGAGAAUGGUGUAUUAACACAUGUUAUUAUGUCACAACCUGGACCACAUCCGCCACCACCUCCACAUCAUCAUAUGCAUACCGGUUAUCCUUCAUCACCAUACAAUGGACUUUAUGGCCAUCCAUCUCAAUAUCACAAUCCAAAUGUAUAUGGACCCUAUCCAACAGAAACAUUAUCUUACCCUCCUCCACGUUCAGCUUGUAAUUCGACAUCACCAACAACAAAUCGUAUGAAAUAUAAAACUAUGCAAAAAACAUUCUAUUUUUUUUCAUUUCUUGUCUAUUUAGCAUCACAUUGUUUACUUCAUCUGUCAGAAAGUAAUGGUUCAUCAACAACAGUAACAGGAGGAAGUACAACAUCAUCAUCUAAUUCAACUAAUAAUCAAUCACAUAGUUCAUCUGUAUAUAAUACAACAAAUAAUAAUUGUAAUACGACUAGUGGUGGUGGUGGUGGAGGAGCAUCAUCAUCAAAUGGAAGAAAUUUAAAUAACGGCGGUGGACCUAAACGACGUAUACCUCCGUCUCAUACAAAUAACAAUUCAUAUGUAAAUAAUGUUAGCAUGAUCAAAUUUAUGUUUUCAAUGAAAGAUAAUUUAAAUCGAUCAUUACCUGUUAAAAGUUAUCGACAAAUACGUUUAAAUACAAAAUUUCUAAUAGAUGGUUCACAUAAAACACCACCACAACAUCAUCAUCAUCCAUCACAUUAUUCUUCAUUUUAUCCAGAUAUGAUUGUUCAAUCGACGAAUGAACCUGUUGAUCUAGCAACUACAGCAGAAUUUGAUAAAGAAAGACAAACGAUUGAAACAAGUCUAUCGAAAUUAUCUGCACCGAUUAUUCAAGAUAUUGAAAGUCGAAGUGCGCUAGUAAGAAUUCAACCACCACGUUCGACAUCAUCAACAUCAUCUCAAUCAGAUUAUUCAAUUGAUUUUACUAAUCUGAUCUAUGAAUUAUUACUAUCGGAUAAAGGACAAGAUGCUAAAUAUAAACAAGUUUAUUGUGGUGAUGCAAAUGAAAUAACGCUGAAAGAUCUUAAACCAGCAACUGAAUAUCAUCUCAAAGUAUGCGCUUGUAUUGAUUCAUGUAAAGGUGAAUAUACAAAUCCAGUUCCAUUUACAACUGAACAAUGUGAACCUGAUCGACCUUCAACACCCAAAUUACUUGGUAGUCGGUUAAAAAAUUCUCUAACAUUAAAAUGGACAGCAACAGCUGAUAAUGGUUCAAAAAUAACUAAUUACAUUCUUGAAUACGAUGAAGGCAAAGGUCGAGAAUUUAUUGAAGUAUAUCGUGGUAUAAAAAAACAAUUUUUGAUUAAUAAAUUAACUCCAGCAACAUUCUAUGGCUUUCGUUUGGCUGCUGAGAACAGUAUUGGACGAAGUGAAUUUAGUGAAACAAUUCAAUUUAGUACAUUGGGUACAAUACCUCCUGAACCUGAUCCUCCUAUGUUAUCUGAUAAAGGUGUUAAAUAUUUAACAUUGACAUGGACUAAUCGACCCAUUGAUGAAACAUUUACAUUACAAAUGAAUGAUGAAUCAAAUUAUUUUCGAAAUAGAUAUACAGGUCCAUUGUUAACUUGUACAGUUACAGAUUUAUAUCGAAAUACUGAAUAUAAAUUUCGAUUAGCAGCACAUAAUCAAGAAGGACAAAGUAAUUAUUCACAGAUAGCUACAUAUAAAACAUUACCUGAUCGACCUGAUUCGCCAGCUAAACCGAGAAUAAAAGGACAGAUACAAGCAACACAAUGUCGUAUUGCUUGGGAUCCACCAAGAGAUAAUGGUGGUGCAGAAAUUCAACAAUAUCAUCUUGAAUUAGAAGAAUCGAAAGGUUUUCAUAUGAUUUAUAAUGGUUUAGAAACAGAAUAUUUACUUGAACAACUUAUACCUGGUCAUUCAUAUUCUCUUCGGUUAUCAUGUUCAAGUAUAGGUGGUCAUAGUGAUCCAUCGGAUAUAACACAAAUAAAAACACCAGCUGUAGCACCUACGUCAUGUCAUCCACCAAAGAUUUCAGGAAAACCAAAAGCAAAUUCUUUACAUCUUCGAUGGGCAUAUCCUGAUUAUGAUGGUGGUUCACCUGUAAUAGAAUUUGAAGUACAAGUAACGAAUCCUGAUAGUUCAUCACGUAUUGUUUAUCGUGGACGUGAUCUUGAUUGUGUUGUUGCUGGUUUAUUACCCGGUCGACCAUAUUUAUUUCAAGUUCGAGCAUUCAAUCGAGCUGGAGCUGGUCCAUGGUCUGAAUAUCUUGAUGUUCUUUCUGGUUUUGGUGUACCUGAAGCACCACGUAAUAUUGCUGUUGAAUGUCGUACACCAAAUACUGCAUAUAUUAGUUGGGAAGAAGGUGUUAAUAAUGGUGCAACUAUAACAGAAUAUCGUCUUGAAUGGUCACGAAAAGAAAAUGAUUCAUUCAUGCAACUUUACUGUGGAACAAAUAAUACUUAUGAAGCAAAAGGUCUUACACCGGUUACACAUUAUUUUUUUCGAGUCCAGGCAGUGAAUUCAGCUGGUCCUAGUCCGUAUAGUAUGUUAGUAUCAUGUGUUACACCAGCUUCGCCACCAUCAAUUGUUAGUUCUGUAAAAGCUUAUCCAAAAUCUACAUCAAUGACAGUAACUUGGAAAGAACCAGCUAAUAAUGGAUCAUCUAUAACGGGUUAUUAUAUUGAUAUUGGCGAAAAAGAACUUAUUUUUGUUAGUCCAGAGCUUACUGAAUUUACAAUAGAUGAAGUAUUACCAAAUACAGCUUAUAAAAUUCGUAUACGAGCUUUAAAUACAAUUGGACAAGGUCCAUAUUCUUCAAUUAUUAAAUGUCAUACAAAAUCUUUACCGCCCGAUGCUCCACAACUUGAAUGUAUAUCAGCAACAUGUAAUUCAUUAAAAUUAAAAUGGAACACAAUUAAUCAUACCAUUCCAACAACUCCAAAUAAUAGUGAACCAACAGUAUCAACUCGUGUAAUAACUUAUGUUAUUGAAAUGGAAGGAAAAGAUGGAACUUUUAAUUGUAUCUAUACUGGAAAUACAUCGUCACAUAAAAUAAAUAAAUUACAAGAAAAUACAUCAUAUUGUUUUCGUAUAUGUGCGAAAAAUGAUACAGGUGCUGGUCCAUGGUCGGAUAUUUAUACAUUUAUGACAACAAAAGCACCACCAAAUGCUUUAAAAGCUCCAAAUAUAACAGAUAUAACAUCUACUUCAUGUGUAUUUAAUUGGCAAGCACAUAAAUCACUUGGUAAUGAUACAAUCAGUUAUAUAUUACAACUUCAAACAUACCGAAAAGAAAAUGAUUAUACAGUAAUUUAUAAUGGUGAAUUAACAUCAUAUCGUGCAACAGAUUUAGAAUCCGGUGUUGAUUAUCGUGUACGUGUUUGUGCUAUACGUACGACAGAUGAAGGUUUAACAUUAAAUAGUCCAUUUAGUCCUGCAACACAUUUUGUUUUACCACGACCAGGAGAUUUACCGACUGUUUUAUCAAAUUCAAAACUAUUAGACAAUCGUUUAUUGAAUAAUAAUGAUAAUCAUGAUCAACAUAUUUCAUUUCUAAAUCGAUAUCGUUUAAUAUGUUCUCGAAAAUUCAAAUCAUUGAAAUUAUUUGAAAGUCGAACAUUGACUGAUCAACAAUGGGCAUUUGUUAUAUCUGUUGGUUUUGCUUUAUUAGCUAUAUUUAUUGCGAUUUUUGCCAAUGUUAUCUAUUCAAAGUAUAAUAAUGAUUCAACAUUAUCAGUUGAUAAUACUUUUUCUUCUACUACUACUUCUUCUUCUUCUUCUUCUUCCUCUCCCGGAAUAAAAAAAUAA